ACCUAAAUCUCUCUAUUUUUUCAUAUUGUUGCAUUAUUAAGCAGAAUAAACUCCAUCUGUGAGAACUCAAGUCCAGCUGAUGUGGCCAUCAGGGGGCAGAAACUAGUCGCUGAUCUUUUCUGAAUAUUUAUAGUUUGCUCCAUAUCUGAACGACUGAAUGAGUGCAGCUGAUUUAUGAGGGGAAAUGCUUUUAAUUUGGAGGAUUAAACGAAUUCAAACAAAUUGAAGUUCAGGUCAACCAUUUUCCGGUUUUCCAGCGACACUUGAAAGUUCUGUUGGCGGACUCAGAGGCGCACCAAAGGUGAGGACGCAUCAGUGGACUGCGGAGCAAAAAGCCACCGGAUUGAUCAUUGGGGAGGAAAUCGGAGUAAAAGGGAAGGGGGAGCAGAGGUGGAAACUGGAAGUGCGUUAGCCAGAGGGCGGUGGCAUUUCUCUCUCUCUGCGUAAACGGAGAAGGCGGAGAGCAAGCGAGGAAAGCGGAGAUCAGUGGAGAGGCAGCAGAGGCGCUGACAGGAGCCACGGGAGCGCGCGCUCAUUCAAGCACCUCAAGCACUCUGAACGCGGAGUAACGCUUUCACACCAGAACGGCUGACUCGGGACUCAUCCGCGGAUCUUGUGCUGUUGGAGACGGGGGGGUCUUCUAACCCCCGUCGUGGAGCGAGGAGUUGGAGUGGUUUUAAUUUUUUUUUUCCUUUUUUUUUUUUUCCUUUGGGUUUCAUUUCUGUAGAUUUUUUUCCUGCUCAGCUUCAUCUGUGAUGAGUAAAAGUGGACUGAGAAGGGGAGUAGAGCUCGGAGGCUCCAGCCUGGUGAGGAUGUGCGCCGCGCCGGGCAUCCUGCUUCUCCUGGCGCUCGCGCACCCUGGACUCACUCAAGUGAGAGAUGAUGACGACUUCCUAAGCCUGAGCGAACUUCCGGAAACCUUUCCUUCCGAUCCUCCGGAGCCCCUCCCUCACUUCCUGUUCGAACCCGAGGAAGGCUACAUCGUCAAGAAUAAGCCCGUCAAUCUGUACUGCAAAGCCACCCCCGCCACACAGAUUUACUUCAAGUGCAACAGUGAGUGGGUCCACCAGAAGGACCACACCGUGGAGGAGAGGGUUGACGAGAACUCAGGUCUGGUAGUCAGAGAAGCCAGUAUAGAAAUAACACGUCAGCAAGUGGAGGAGCUGUUUGGUCCUGAAGAUUACUGGUGUCAGUGUGUGGCGUGGAGCUCGGCUGGAACCACCAAGAGUCGCAAGGCGCAUGUUCGCAUCGCAUAUCUGAAGAAAUCCUUUGAACAGGAACCCCUGGGAAAAGAAGUCUCACUGGAACAGGAAGUGCUGUUGCAGUGUCGGCCCCCAGAGGGCAUACCUGCCGCUGAGGUGGAGUGGUUAAAAAAUGAGGAGGUUAUAGAUCCGGCGGAAGACCGAAACUUCUACAUCACCAUCGACCACAACCUGAUCAUCAAACAGGCCCGCCUGUCGGAUACAGCCAACUACACGUGUGUGGCUAAGAACAUAGUGGCUAAAAGAAGAAGCACCACAGCAACCGUUAUAGUCUACGUAAACGGCGGCUGGUCGACCUGGACUGAAUGGUCACCGUGUAACAGUCGCUGUGGGCGGGGCUUCCAGAAGCGGACCAGGAGUUGCACAAACCCCACCCCUCUCAAUGGAGGACUGCCGUGUGAUGGACAGGCCAUACAGAAGCUGCCCUGUACCACCCUGUGUACAGUGGAUGGUGUGUGGACAGAGUGGAGUAAGUGGUCAGCUUGUGGGACUGAAUGCACACAGUGGAGAAGGAGGGAGUGCAACAACCCCGCACCAAAAAACGGUGGGAAGGACUGCGAGGGGCUGGUUCUGCAGUCUCAGAACUGCACCGAUGGACUUUGUAUGCAAAGUUCAUUGUUUCAGAAGUCCAAUGAGCCCAAAGAAAAGACUGAUUUGGGAAUUCCAUCCGCCCCAAGUACAGAUGAUGUGGCUCUCUACGUGGGCAUAGUCAUCGCGGUGAUUAUGUGCCUGUUCAUAUCUGUCAUCGUGGCGCUGUUUGUGUACCGCAAGACGCAUCGCGACUUUGACUCUGACAUCAUCGACACCUCGGCUCUGAACGGAGGCUUCCAGUCUGUGAACAUCAAGACGGCCAGAUCAG